GUCGCCUCUCUCUCUCUGUCUCUCUCCUUCGCAAUCGACCGCCAACGAUCCCCUAUUGCUGCGCCCUUUUCCCCUCCUCCUGUCUCUUCGUCACCAAUCAGAGCCAAGCCAACUUGACGUCGGAACUCGGCGCCUACUCAUCUUGCUCACGCUCUUUGCAAGAAGUACUUACCUCGAUGUCCAAGCUGCACUAAAAGGGGGGCGAGUCAAGUCGCGGCGACCAACCUCCCUCCUUCCCUUAAGUUCACGAGAAACCGCAUCCUACUCUUCUCAUUCAUACACGCAUCAAUUAUGAUCGACUAUUCAAGAGUACCGCCCUGGCUCGCCCAUCUAGCUGCAAGGGUUGAGCAGCAAGGCGCGCUCGCAAUCAGCCAGCUCAAACCUCACCUUGAUGAACUCGUAGCUCGUACUCGCCAAGGACGUAGCGAUGACCUGGCCAAGAAGCUCUUGAUCGCAACCAUCGUCGGCAUAUCCCUCAUCAUCGUUCUCUCCCUCUUCUUUGGUCCCAGAAGUCGCGAGCACGAUAGCCAUAGAGCAUCUCUACGGGCUAUCGAACAGCGUAGCCUGCAGGCUGCGGGGGACGACGCCGACGAUUCAUCCCUCUACACCUCGGACGACUCGUCGUCGUCCGCAUCGCAGCACAGCAGCAACAUCAUCAUAACUUCAUCUGAUACCACGUCUAAUCUCAGCGUUAGACCUGUACAUGUAGAGCUGCUACCAUCCGCGUCCUCGGCGUCGUCCUCUAAUAAUGGCGCACGCAACCCCUGGCGCUCACCCCCGCUGCGAUCGAGCUCACCCCUCGGCAACCACCAUCAGCAUAUCGCAGCGAAUAAGAGGAGAAGAAGAAAGACGCAGCAGCGUUUGUCCGUGCAUGGGCUAGGGAUAUUGGGAGACGGCAACGGCAGCAGCACGGGUGCGGAUGACGACGAAGAGGAGGAGGAGGAAGAAGACGACGAAAAGGACGCCGUAGAGGCAGCAGAUGCUGUCGCGAGCAUUCAGGACGAAAGCAGCGGCGCAGCAGACGAUCAGCACGCCCCGCAGCAGGACGCCUCCCAUUCCAGCCUCAUGGCGAAGCGCUCCUCGCUCCGCAGCACCUCCAAGCCACGUCGUCCGCGCACGAAGCGCAAAAUAGGCUCCGUCUCCACGGGAAACGCCGAAGCCCCUGCGCCCAUCCCUGCCCGCAACUCUUCGUACCACAAAGCAGCCUCCGUCGUCGAGCCUGACCCGGUUCUCAUCGGUCGCUGCGCGAAAGACGCACCCCCCUCCAUCCUCCGCAAAGAGGCGCAACGCUUUCGCGCUCUCUGGGCUCGCGCUCAUCACGCCAGUGACUUUGUCGAUUCGAGGCAGGAGCGACAGCAGCGCCUUAUCAAGCUGACGGAGCCGGAUUGGGAUCCUUAUGCUGAAACGCAUGAGAGGGCGAGGCAGCGCAUUGAGAUGCGACAGCUCGCCUCCAAGGGGCUGGCGAGGGUCAAGAGCGAGUCGGCUCUGAGUGAAAAGGCGAACAGGAGACAGGAGGAGCCACUGGGGAGCUGGCUGGCCUAUGCGCCUAUCCACUCGCCGAGCGACGAUGAUGAGGACGCGACGGUCGCCUCGGCUGGUGCCCCGACGCUGCCCAAGUACGAAUGGGAGACGACCUUCGGCCAAACUUUCGACCCACAACUGGAGACGACCGAGGCUCUGCCCGACGGCCUGACGAAGGCAACAAAUGGGCACAAGGGGGACGACGAUUUCUGGUUCGAGCGCUUCACGAGCUCGACGGCUGCUGCUGGGCGUGAUUGGGAUUGGCGCAAGAGGAGGGCAAGGGAGCGAGCACAGGCUGAUGCGGCAAUGGCUGCUGCUAUCGAGAAUGGUACGCCGAUGAAGAAUGGGCACAGCGCCAACGUCCACCCCAACGGGCAUGCCGCUUUGCAGAGCGUCGACCCAAGCUCAGCCGCAGCCGCCGCCGCUCGUAAUCCUCAAAAUGGCAACGCUUCUCCCUCUCGCCAGCCUUCCUCGCCGGGGCAAAUGAUAGCAGCGGCGUUCAGCAGACCGUCCUCGAGCGGCGGCGGCACCAGUCCCAGCCCUAAAAUGGCCCCCUUCCGCAGGGGCUCUUCUUCGUCUUGAUGCUCGCGCGCACUGCGCGCUCACACACUGUACUUGUAUCUCUGUCCAUUUGUUCAUUGCAAUAGCAGCAUGUACCUUUUUUUGCCUCU